AUGGACCUUUACGUUGAAGAGCUUAAGGCUGCUGGUAUUUCGAAGAAAUUGGCGCCUACCGUUGGUAUCGCAGUUGAUCACCGUCGUAAGAAUCGAUCUCUUGAAGGUCUUCAAGCCAAUGUUCAGAGGCUGAAGACUUACAAGGCCAAGCUCGUUGUCUUCCCGCGACGUGCUCGCAAGUUUAAGGCUGGUGAUUCUACUGCCGAGGAGCUUGCCACUGCAACCCAAGUCCAAGGAUCAUACAUGCCCAUUUCUUGUGAGAAGCCUUCUGUUGAGCUGGUGAAGGUCACUGAGGGGAUGAAGUCAUUCAAGGCCUACAACAAGCUUCGUAUUGAACGAAUGAAUGAGCGCCAUAUUGGUGCCAGAUUGAAGAAGGCUGCCGAGGCUGAGAAAGAAGACAAGAAGUAAGGUUGUUUUUCAAGGGCUAUCUUCUGCUAUUUAAUAUGGCAAAAGAAUUAGUUUUUUGUUUCCGUAUUAUCAGAUGAGUUUAAAACAGUUUUAGAGAACUUUGGUAUUACAUUUGUAAGCUAGAUUUUGAGAAUUUCAUUAAUGACCUGAAAUGUGAGACCUAUUAUCUAUA